AUGGAGGGCCUCGGCAGCAAAUCGAGUCCAAUCGACCGUCUCCGCGUGACGAUUGAGCAGACCGAGUCCUCUCCUCUCACCAUCACCAGCACUGUCUUCAACGACAAUGAAUAUCCCGUCACUAUCCUGCUAUACAACUCGCCGUUGGAUACGGCCGCGCCAACAAUCGGCCUGCUGACCAUCACGCCUGAUGGCGCGGCACAGCCUCUUGACUUGCCCCGGAUUCAGCUGCGCAGGGAAUGGCCUCCCAAGCCUGAGUCACUGAUUCAGGUUGAACCUGGCAAGAGUCACUCUGCGGAGAUUGUCCUCAGAGAUUUUAUCACAUCGCAGCUGGAGAAGAAGGCAUCUGUUGUUCUCAAGGGCAAGUGGGAUAUGGUCUGGAGCAGGCAGAAGGAGGAUGUUACUGUCGAGAUGUUGGAGAAAGGGCAGCGACAGGGGCAUCCAGACAUGUUUACCGGCGCGUUUUCUGCUGGGAGCUUGGACGUAACGGUUUCUUAG